AUGUUUCGUAUCAAGUCCUCACGAACAUUCACACUCACAUGCGGUGGCGCGGCACUUGCUCUAUUUCUCUGGACGGCGCACAUGAACACCUUGCCGCCGAACUCAGCGAAUCUCGAUGAGCAUCCGCACUUUUACUCAGGCUCACGACCACAAUCCACCGCUCUCGCUCAACCUUCACCUGUACUCUCGUACUCGCUCGACAGUUCUGCAUCGAACAAUCAACCAAACGCGCCUCAACCGUCGUCAUCUGAGACAACAGCCAUCGAUUUGCCAUCUGACACGCUCCCGGCUGCGAUGCCCGCACCAGCGAUGGAAGAUGCUCCAUACGAUGACCCAUCUCCGCCACAAGACCUUGAGGAAGAGCCACCAGCCUCGUCGAAGCAGAUUCCUCGAAUGACCCUCAUCGUCCUCUGGUCACCCCAGGAUCGCGACGACUCAUAUUUGCCCAACUUCUUCGCCUCGGCUGGCGCCAACCCGUCCCUCGACGUCCUCCUCAUCAAGUUCGACAAGUAUGGCCUCGGUGCGGAACACUGCGAAGUACCCCGCGCCGCACACGUCCCGAACGUGCGCGAAGUCUGCGUAGACAUGGAGGAAUACUGGGACCUGCAUAUCGACUGGUUGUGCGCCGAAUGGGGAUGCGACGCUCGCAUGCGCGAGAUGGCGAGGGAGGUCAUGGUGCGGAGAUUACCUGCGGACCGUGUCAACUCCUUCUACCGCCCCUUCCGCGCGGAGGUCUUUGAGAAGUACAUGCUGUCAGGCGUGGACUUGUGGGCAUGGGCAGAUCUCGACGUCAUCCUGGGCAACCUCGAUCGGGUCUUCCCGUGGGAUCUCGCGCCUUCUUUCGAUGUCAUGCUCGCAGGCUGGCCCACGAAUUGGUCCACGCUGCUUCUCUACAUGCCCGGGCACUUCACGGCCUUCCGUCGCUCUCCUGACGUCGCACGCGCUUUCCAGCGAGCGGUACCAGCGCUUGUGACAUACAAUGCCUUCGUGGGCGAAGAGUUUGCGGAGUUCGGAGAUGCGUGCGAGGAGGGCGAGUACUCGCAUGCGCUCUUCAUGCGCACCGGACUUCGCUUCCUACGUUUCGACGCGAUGGUGGACGCAGGACACCAUGUCAGCACACUCGACGGUGUGUUUGCUGUAGAGGACGAUCACGCGCUUCCUACUCCGCUCAUCUCGUCUGAUCUCGCACCGAAGGAGGCCACACUUGUCUCCGCCCGGCCUGCAAUCAACGCCGCGUUGGCUGCUCACGCCAUGCCCGGAGAAACGCAGGACAACGAGCAACAACACACGUUCACCGCUGAAGGCCUCGAAGCACCCAUCACAUUGCGGCAGGACGCGAGCUCGGUGCCGUUCGUCUGGUUUGACCCGCAAUACGCGGUCGCCUACGACUCUCCGCUCGCGCAAGAAGUGCCAGGGAACGGUCGUCAUGGCCGUCGCUACGUGAUGCGCCGCGACAUUGAUGGUCCUGUCACUGAGCGCUUCGAGCCCGCGCAGCGCAUUCACUUUGAUAUCCCCGGACAAGGAGAAGGGUCCGAACGCGCCUGGCUUCGCGAGGGUCUGUACACCCAUUUGCAGACGGAGAAGUACGCGCCAUGGUGGGCACUACCUCAGCGCGCCCUUGCUCCCGGAGAGGUCCUAUACGUCGACAAGGAGCAUGGAGCACACGUUUGGGAUGCCGAUGCAAACCUUGUCUGGCAGUCGCCGCGCGUCUCUGACGCGUAG